GUUUAGAAAGUUUCAGAGUAAGAGGAGAGAGAUAUGGGAGGAGUGAGUAGGAUAGUGAAGAAGAGUUUGGGAGAGAUGGGAUUCAGCAUGGAUGGUGGAACCAUCAACUGGUUCCCGGGCCACAUGGCUUCUGCCACUCGGGCCAUUCGCCACCGGCUCAAGCUCGCCGACCUCGUCAUCGAAGUCCGCGACGCUCGCAUACCAUUAUCCUCUGCAAACGAAGACCUCCAGGCUAUGCUCUCCUGCAAAAGACGUGUUAUCGCUCUCAACAAGAAAGAUUUGGCCAAUCCCAAUAUAAUGCAUAAAUGGACUAGUUAUUUUGAUUCGCGCAAGCAAGACUGCCUAUCGAUAAAUGCACACAGCAAAAGCUCUGUUAGGAAGUUGCUGGAUCUGGUGGAAUUGAAACUGAAGGAAGUAAUUUCAAGGGAACCUACUCUCCUGGUUAUGGUAGUUGGUGUACCCAAUGUUGGCAAGUCGGCUUUAAUUAAUUCUAUCCAUCAUAUCGCGUCAACUCGCUUUCCUGUGCAGCAGAGAACGAAGCGUGCUACAGUGGGACCAUUGCCUGGUGUUACUCAAGAUAUUGCAGGAUUCAAGAUCGCCCACAAGCCUAGCAUAUAUGUUUUGGAUACACCAGGGAUAUUGGUCCCCAGUAUUCCAGAUAUAGAAACAGGGUUGAAGCUAGCUCUAGCAGGGUCCGUGAAAGAUUCAGUAGUUGGUGAAGAGCGUAUUGCUCAGUACUUAUUAGCAGUUUUGAACACUCGGAGCACUCCCCUCCACUGGAAGCGCAUAAAUGAUAGAAGAUUUGAGGGGCUUCAACAUGAAUCUGAUGGCAAACAUGAGUAUAAUCUUAAAGAUCUUCUGUCAAAAAGGAGGAAGCCAUUGGACAGGUCUGAUGUACAUUACAUAGAGGAUGUUGUUACUGAAGUCCAAUGUGCACUUUAUGCGUCGCUCUCAGAAUUCAGUGGUAAUCUGGAAGACGAAGGUGAACUGGAGAGUCUUAUAGAACAGCAGUUUGAAGCACUUCAGAAGGCACUGAAAAUACCUCAGAAGGCAUCAGAAGUUCGCACUGUGGUGUCAAAAAAGUUCCUUACUUUAUUUAGGACAGGUAAACUCGGUCCUUUCAUCCUAGAUGAUGUACCUGAUACCUCUAAUUCUGUAUCUUGAAAUCCCUUGUCAGGCAUAUUGUAAUUUUCCCCCUUGAAUAUUUACCGCACUGCCCGCAUGUAAUCACAACAUUGUCUGCCUGAAAAAAUGAAUAUUUUUCUCUAACAGUAAAA